ACAGGUACUGACCCGAAAUUUUCCCCCCAAAAAAAACUCACCGCUUCUGUGAGUUAUUUCCUGGAUCUCCAUUUGGUGCCUUCGACGCUCAAAGCUACUUUCUGGCCCACACCUAGGGCAAAGUCCUUAUUUACUUGACUUCCAUUCCUCUUGUCGGGCGAUGGAAUCUGGCAGACUCCUAGAAUAAACUGUUAGUUAUGAGAGCUUCUGGUGGAUGGCGUCGUUCUCUUUUCUGUUUGCCCCUCAUUUUCUUCAUUACUUACUUAUUCCCAGUUUUGGAACUGCACCAAUAUUCAAAUAUAGAAGGGCUUCCCAGAAAACAUAACAAGAAAUUUGAUCAUCUGGUUCUUGGGCCUGCUGCUGGUCAAGGCUUGCAUGACCGUUUGCAAUGUCAAGGUCUCAAAGCUUUAAACAAGACCCAUUUUUCUACCUUGUCUAACAUUUCCAAUUUCCAGGACACCAUAUCAUUUGUCACUGUUUUUACUGUCUAUAACACUACUCUCCCUGCACGUGUUAAUGAUAGAUCAUCUAACUUGGUGACUGUUGGGAACAUUUCAUAUGAUAAAGUGGAGAGGUCGAUGGCUAUUUUAGAUGUCUUCAUCAAUUUCAUCCAGGUGUCAAUGCCACAAAGUAACAUAAUUAUCCUGACUGAUCCAGCUUCUAAGCUUCCAGUACACAGAAAUAGAGUCAGUGUACUUCCUAUUGAAGGUGAAUAUUCGCGGGGCAAACUGAUGCUUCAAAGAAUCAGGUCUUACAUUGACUUCUUACAAAGAAGGCUUGAGGAAUAUUCUCAAAGGCAGGAUCAUGUUAAUCAUUACAUAUUCACUGAUUCGGAUGUGGCAGUGGUUGGUAACCUGGGACAGAUAUUCCACAACCAUCCGGAUUUUCAUUUGGCUCUCACAUUCCGGAAUAACAAAGAUCAACCUCUGAAUUCAGGAUUUAUUGCAGUAAAGGGCACACCCGACGGAAUUCUAAGAGCAAAGGCAUUCUUACAAGUAGUGCUGGAAACUUACAGUACCAAAUACAUGGAAGCUUCAAGAAUGCUUGGAGACCAGUUAGCCCUAGCUUGGGUUGUGAAGUCUCAUCCUUCAUUUGAUGUGAGGAGAUUUUCUAGACCACAAGCAUUUAUGGAAGAAAUUCAUGGGGCAUCACUGCUGUUUUUACCAUGUGCAGUAUACAACUGGACACCACCUGAGGGUGCUGGGCAAUUUCAUGGGAUGCCUUUGGAUGUUAAGGUUGUUCAUUUCAAGGGAUCGAGGAAGAGGCUGAUGCUUGAAUCGUGGAACUUCUUCAAUUCAACUGCCUGCUCUGGCAUUGCAGAUAUGUUGUGCCUUAUCUUAAAAAGUGGAAGAACAAAGUACGACUUUUAAAUAUAAGCUUCACUCUCUGGUUCUAGUUCCCUAUCCUUUGACUUUUAAAUAUAAGCUUCACUCUCUGGUUCUAGUUCCCUAUCCUUGUACAAUUCAUGAUUGGGCUUCUCUCUCGUUCAAUUCCUGAAGGAGCUGCUUCAUGAUAAGCUUUAAUUCCAGGAUAACCUGUAUCCAACCAGUCAAUGGAGUCCCUCAGUGCUUGAUUUUGACUAUUUUGUUAUUAGUCGGAUGAAUUUACCAGGGGGUAUGUGAGUACAAAAGGAUUUAACAAAAUCCAAGAAGGGAGAAAAGGUAAAACAGUAAUGGAUUUUUGGAUAUCAUUUUGCAGCUGCAUCAUUAUGUUCAUAUCUAUAUCCUUGAAGCCUCAAGCCCUUAACUAAUUGCCUUGUUUCCGUCAUUGAGUAUUGAAUCUGUAAUUGUAAUAUGUUUCUUUACAGAUGGAAUCCAGCUAUAUGAGCUGCCUUUUUUUGUUGUUGAGAUA